UCUUUACACAAUUCCUCUCUCUAACCCACCAUGUUAGAAUCAAAAACAGAGCUUGACUUCCAUGGAUUCAAUCCCAUAAAACGUGACGGUUACGAUAGUUCUUGGCCAAUGAAUCUCAACUACAAAAAUUACAGAGCCGCCGUCAACGACGAUGACCAAGACUUCUUGUUCAGUCGGAAAACGACCGAUGAUCCGACCGGCGUUUGCUCGCCGCCUCUAUGGAAAACCUGCAGUCCCCCUGAUCAGAACUCAAUCCAACCGACGGCGAGAUCUCAGGCGAUCGCCAGAGGACAGUGGGAAUUGAUGGAAAUGGUGAGGAACAUGCCGGAAUCAUGUUAUGAGCUUUCACUCAAAGAUUUGGUGGAAAAUCCACGAGUUCUAGAACAGGAAUGUUUGGUUUCAGAGAAGAGUCUGAGGAAGAAGAAGAAGGUAAAGUUGGUGAGAAUUGGAAGUAUUGAUAACUGUAAAAAUGGUGGGUUGUUUUUGAAGCUGUUUUUUCCCUUUUCUUUGGGCGGAUCAAAGAAGAAGAAGAAGAAGAAUAAAGAAGGAUCAAAUUCCAAGGUUUCGCCGAGACCGGAAAAUUUGGAAAGAUCAUCAAAGGAUCGCGUAGAGAGAGAUUGGAGAUGGAUGAAUAGAUUCUGGGUUUCCCAUGCGAGAGGAAAUGAUGAUGGAAGCAGAAACAGGAAAAUUGCGGGAUUAUUACCUGGCUGUUGGUCAUUCCUCUUUACAAAGAAAGAAAAAAGAAGUGAAGAUUGAAGUAAAAAGUGCACUUUGCAGUGAAGUUGGUAUCAUGGUAAUGACCUAGUUACAAUCUUGGAGGCAUGUUGAAGUUAUCUCAAAGAGGUUUGGACUUUGUAAUGAGAUGCCCUAAAUAAAAGAAUAGUAAGAUAAAAUUUAGCAUU